AUGGCGCUGCGAUCGUCAGGGGCCGCCAUGCCCCGCCUCUCUCGGGCAGCCUGGGGAACAAGGCAAGCCUGGGUUGGUGUGACGGCUGCCGCAGGAGCCCGAGGUCUUCCACAUCGACGGCGGUAUCAUUUCGGCUCCUCUUCCUACACCGCAGCCUUCGGUGAGAAGCCGCCGGUGGAUGUUCAGAAGCUUCGCAGCAGCACCGUCGAGUAUGUGGAGGCUUUUGACCCCAAGACCUGGCACGAAGAUCCCGUCUGCAGCCUCAUUCGAGGUGAUCGCGUGCAGGGUGGCGAGGAGGUCGAUACCGUUGAUGCCUUCGGCAGUGUCAAUGGCAAGCAGAUCCUGGCGACCAGUGCCGGAGUUGAUGCCGUGCUUGCGCAUGUGCAGCAGAUUGCCGUGGGCAAG